AUGUGGAGGCACCUGAAAACGGACACGGACUCCCUCUCCCCCCCGUACCUUCACAUUGCUCCCAGCAACACCGUUCCUUUGCGCCGCUUCACCUCCCGUCACCUCACCCACCGUCGCCUCCCCCACCCUUCUCCUCCGCGUUCCAACCAUUUCUCUCCCCUUGCGCUUCAUGUCUCCCGGACGCGCUCCUCCCUUCGCGUCUCCCUCCCGCAUCCGUUCGGAAUCAACGGCCGUUCGGCGGCUACAACUCGACCCUCCAAUCGUGCCUCCUUCGCCCCUCCGUUCGCGUCUCCCUCGCCCAUCCCAUCGCGUCUCCCGCACCCCUCCCUUGAUCCAGAACCAACGGCCGUUCGGCGGUUGCAACUCGCCCCUCCAUUCGCGUCUCCCUCCCUCACCCGUCCCCUCCCCGUCUCCCUCACCCCUCCCUUGCGCCGGAAGCAACAGGCGUUCGUGCCUGCUUUCCGACCCUGCCUGCGACUUUCCAGACGUCUCAAAAGUCGUCCCCUCCUCGUCUCUCGCACCCCUCCCUUGCGCCGGAAGCAACAGGCGUUCGUGCCUGCUUUCCGACCCUGCCUGCGACUUUCCAGACGUCUCAAAAGUCGUCCCCUCCUCGUCUCUCGCACCCCUCCCUUGCUCCGGAAGCAACAGGCGUUCGUGCCUGCUUUUCGACCCUGCCUGCGACUUUCCAGACGUCUCAAAAGUCGUCCCCUCCUCGUCUCUCGCACCCCUCCCUUGCUCCGGAAGCAACAGGCGUUCCGCGGCUACACCUCUCGACCCUGUCUGCGCGUCUCUCUCCCUCACCCCUCCCGUGCUUGCUCCCAGAACCAACGCACCACGAGGGACGACUUGAAGAGGCACAUAGCACCAUAUGGCCUCUACAACUCACUCCCUUUGCGUCCCUCUCACGCCUUUCAUGCUCCCCCUCAGAACCAACGCACCACGAGGGACGACUUGAAGAGGCACAUAGCACCAUAUGGCCUCUACAACUCGCCCCUCCCUUGGCAACCAACGCACCACGAGGGACGAGUUGAAGAAGCAAAUAGCAGCAUCGGGCGCCUGGCACUCCCCUCUCCCUUGGUCUCUCUCUCCGACCCUCCCAUCCUGUCACCUCACCGCCACCCCUGUGGUAACCUGCCAUUGCUCUCCACGCCUCCCAAUCAACGCACCACGAGGGACGUGUUAAAGAAGUACAUAGCAGCAUCGGGCGGCUAUAACUCGCACAUGGCGCAGCAGGGCUCCGUGAUUUCCGGCCACGUCACAAUCUGGGCGUCCGAGGUGGUCAUGGGAGACAAGACGGUCUACGCCGCCCCCACCGCGGGCGGCCGCGGCGGUGCUGACGUGGCGAAGGGGACGUUCCGCGUGGUCCAGAUGCCGCCCAACAUGUGGCACGUGGCGGUGGCUAUGGGCGACACGCGGAUUGACGCCACGUGUGACGGCGAGCUGGUGUGGCGGCGGAGCAGUUGGGGGCCGUCGACGACCGCUAAAGGGCCUGUGCGACCACUCAGGCAUUUGCUAGCGGGCUUGGACCCGCCCACAGUGGCAGAUGUGUUCGCGUCAGGAGAGUAUCAGGGAGACGAGGGCAUAGAGGGCGACGAGUGCAUGUGCGUGAAGGUGAUGGCCAAUCCGCUCGCCCUCAUGAGCAUGAGCACGGGCGGGGGCAACGUGGGCGGCAAGCAGCAGGACGUGUGCGACGUGCUGGCGUACCAGGUGGAAGGUUUCUUCAGUAAAGCGUCGGGGCUGCUGAUUGGACUGCGCGACCACCACCUUACGAAAACCAAGACAGCGAGCAACAGCACGAUCUACUGGGAGAGGGUGAUGGUGACGCGGGUGGGGGACUUUCAGCCCAUGGAGGGCGGCAUGAUCGUCCCCCACAGCGGCCGCUCCGUGCUCUCUCUUGCCAAGCGCUGCGAUGACGACACGUCGGGGACGAUACGCGCGUGGGUGAGAGAAGAGUGGGGCGUGGACUCGGUCACACAGGACGCCACCGCCAUGCAGGGGUUGCUAGCUCGGCCGGCGGAUUUGAUUAUGACGGCUAGUUCGGCGUCUUUGCAUAGAGGGUGA